GACUUUCGCUGCUGUCUUUGUUAAAAGCGUGAUUGGCCCUUCACUCCCAUGUCAUUACGCAUCAUGGCACAGUAAUCUCUGUGGAGGAGGAGGAGGAGGAGGAGGAGGGGGGGUGUAUAACUUCCCAUGCAUCCCUUUCCACUUGCAGCCGGUGCCACGCCCUCCCGAGAUAAAGUUCAACAAGUGUCCUCUUGCUUCAGACCAACCGCAGCACCUCAUCGGAGAGGGUCGGCGCCUUUUAUCCUGAAAAAAGAAAAGAAGAACAACUUUUCCUUUAAUAGAAGUGGAUUCUCUGUUUGAACCGCGGGAUAUUCAACAGUUUCUUCCUCCAUAUUCUGCUUUCAUCACUCGAGCAGAAGAAGAAGGCCUCGCGUGUAAAGAUGCUCUGCGUCUCUUCCCACUGACUUAGUGAAGCGCGAGAGGGCAGCGAGUGGAGCAGGCGGCGCGGACACCCGCACGCACACACACACACACACACACACACACACACACACACACACACACACACACACCUUCUUCGGACAGCGAGCGGCUGAGACUCAACCAUGGCCGGGUGCUGCGUGUCGUCGGAUGACAAAGAGCUUCAGAGGAUCAACGAGGAGAUCGAGAGGCAGCUGCGGAAAGACAAGAAGGACUCUCGCAGGGAGCUGAAGCUGCUGAUGUUGGGUACUGGAGAGAGUGGAAAGAGUACCUUCAUCAAACAAAUGAGGAUUAUCCACGGAGGAGGAUACACAGAGGAGGACAAGAGGAACUACGCCAAGCUGGUGUACCAGAAUAUCUACUCCUCCAUGCAGACCAUGAUCCGAGCCAUGGCGGCGCUUAGUAUUUCUUUCACUGAUGCCCAGAACCAGAGCAAUGCAAACACAAUUCUGGAGGUGGAGGUGGAUAAGGUGGAGGAGUUCGAGCAAAGCAACGCGGCGGCCGUCAAGAGUCUGUGGGAGGACGGGGGGAUCCAGGAGUGCUACGACAGACGCAGAGAAUACCAGCUGUCCGACUCCACCAAAUACUAUCUCGCCGACCUGGAACGCAUUUCUCAAUCCUCUUAUCUACCAGACCUGCAGGACAUCCUCAGGGUCCGAGUGCCGACCACGGGAAUCAUUGAAUACCCCUUUGACAUGGAUAACGUCAUCUUCAGGAUGGUGGAUGUGGGGGGCCAGAGGUCAGAAAGGAGGAAGUGGAUCCACUGCUUUGAGAACGUCACCUCCAUCAUCUUCCUGGUGGCGCUCAGCGAGUACGACCAGGUGCUCGCCGAGUGCGACAACGAGAACCGCAUGGAGGAGAGCAAGGCUCUGUUCAAAACCAUCAUCACCUAUCCCUGGUUCCAGAAGUCCUCCGUCAUUCUGUUCCUCAACAAGACCGACAUCCUCGGGGAGAAGAUCGUUCACUCUCACGUGGCCAACUACUUCCCUGAAUUCACAGGACCUAAGCAGGAUCCGAAAUCUGCUCAAGAAUUCAUCCUGAAAAUGUACCAAGAUCAAAACCCGGACAAGGACAAGCAGGUGUACCCUCACUUCACCUGCGCCACGGACACAGAAAACAUCCGCUUCGUCUUCGUGGCCGUCAAAGACACCAUCCUCAGACACAACCUGAAGGAGUUCAACCUGGUGUGAAAGGAGCAGGAGGGCCGACAAGAGCGCCAAGAUAGGAGAAUUACGUAAAACAAAACAUUGCAGGGCUUGUUUCUUGGCAGUCAAAGAGAAAACGAACAUGUAACAGUUAUUGUAUUUAACGUUAUUGUGGUUGAAAUGCAGAUUGUGUGUGUUUGUGUACUCUAGUUCUCACUCCAGCCUUUUAGAAAUGAGUUAUAAGAAGACUAUAUUUUGCAGCAGAAGUAAGAAUGUGAAACUUAGUGCAAAGUAAUAUCGUUGACCUAUCGUGUGGGCUACUUAUUUUAUUACUUUUACAAAUAUUUAUCAGAAAUAGGAUCCAAGUAAACAAUUUCUGCUCAUGCAAUAGCUGCGAGAAUCCCUUUAGUCCCGAGUCUUGUGGUUUAAUAUGGUUUUCUAACACUGAGCCACAUGCGAUUGCUUUUGCCUAUAAGUGCCUUAUUUAUUACUCGAGAUGUAAAUGAUCCAAGUUGUGAUUUGGAAAACUCGACUCAACUGUUUAUUCUCUGGAGAAAUGAAGUUCUAUUUAUGGUUAUUUUCAAUAAAGAAUUAUAGUUCGUUAA